UACGGCGAAAUUGUUUCAGAGAGUUACAAUUUGGAUGUGAAGUCACCAUUCUCAGCCCAACCUAGAGAAGACUGUUGACACUCCAGUUAGAAUGGUUCCAAUAACCUACCCUGCAGAAUGCUUCAGAUUCACAGAAUUUACUUUGUAAAAACAAUGCGAGAGGUGUAAGACUCUUCCAUUUAGAUCCACAACUUCAAAUUCUCAGCAUGGAAAACUCAGAGAAGACAGAAGUGGUUCUCCUUGCUUGUGGUUCCUUUAAUCCUAUCACCAACAUGCACCUCAGGCUGUUUGAGCUGGCCAAGGACUACAUGAAUGGAACAGGAAAAUACAGGGUUAUCAAAGGCAUAAUUUCUCCUGUCGGUGAUGCAUAUAAGAAGAAAGGACUCAUCUCUGCCCAUCACCGACUUAUCAUGGCCGAACUCGCCACCAAGAACUCAAACUGGGUGGAAGUUGAUACAUGGGAGAGUCUUCAGAAGGAGUGGGUGGAGACUGCUAAGGUGCUAAGACACCAUCAGGAGAAGCUGGAGGCUAGCGCCUGUGAUGACCAGCAGAACUCACCUGUGCUGGGAAGGCCUGGACGGAAGAGGAAGUGGGCUGAACAAAGACAAGACUGUAGUCAAAGGAAAUCCCCAGAGCAAACAAAAACAAAAGGUGUGCCAAAGGUAAAGUUGCUGUGUGGAGCAGAUUUCCUGGAGUCCUUUGGUGUCCCCAAUCUGUGGAAGAGUGAGGAUAUCACCAAAAUAGUGGGAGAAUAUGGGCUUAUAUGUGUUACUCGGGCUGGAAAUGAUGCUCAGAAAUUUAUCUAUGAAUCCGACGUGCUGUGGAAACACCAGAACAACAUUCACUUGGUGAAUGAAUGGAUCACCAAUGACAUCUCAUCCACCAAGAUCCGGCAAGCAUUGAGAAGGGGCCAGAGCAUUCACUACUUGGUACCAGAUCUUGUCCGAGAAUAUAUUGAAAAGCAUAAUUUGUACAACUCGGAGAGUGAAGAGAGGAAUGUUGGGGUUAUCCUGGCUCCUUUGCAGAGAAACAUUGCAGAAGCUAACACAGAAGAAAUUCUCUAGCAUGAUAUUUUGGGCUUCCUUUUUGGGAAUUUGAAACAAUAUGGAUGUUACUAACCGGGGAAAGGAAUUCUGGUCCUCUCUAAUAAACUAAAGUUUAAAAGUUGGGUAAAAAUCAGUAGUAAAUUAAAAUCAGGUUUAUCUUUUCAUCAGAAAUUGCGAUGAAUGUUUUCAGUAUUUUUUUUUGAAUAUGCAAGUCCCUUUAUCUUUAAAACAAGAGUUAGCAGUGCUGAAACCAAAAGAACAUUCAGUCAGACUAACCACAAAGCAAAUU